AUGGAGGAAUCGGUCAGCCUGCUAGCAGCACUUCACAGUGUUGCAUUUAACAGUGAAACACCAGACCAACUCAACUGGGGAGAAAAAAAGAGUGGGAAGUUCUUAGUUAAAGCAACUUUCAAGCUUCUAGGUCCACAAAAUGCAAUUACAGACCACUGGCCUUGGAAGCUUAUAUGGAAGAUCAAAUUGCCUCCUAAAAUUAGUUGCUUCAGCUGGACUGCACUUCAUGGAGUUUGCCUGACCCAAGACAACCUGACCAGAAGAAAGUUUCAGAUGGCUACCAGAUGUUAUAUGUGCAUGAAGGAAGCAGAAACACAGAACCACCUAUUUCUACAAUGUCAAAUAGCAGCAGACUUGUGGAGUAUGUUUUUAGCUCAUUUUGACCUCACAUGGGUCAUGCCUCAGAAUAUCAAGGAUGUUGUGAUAAGCUGGAGUUGCUGGAAAGUUGAUAGCACCAUCAAGAGAAUUUGGAAGAUGAUACCUGCAACCAUUUUUUGGAGUAUCUGGAACGAAAGGAAUAGAAGAUGCUUUGAUGGAAUAUCAACUACCUACCAAUCUUUAAAAGCUAACUGCCUCAUGUUUUUGUAUAGUUGGGUUUAUUUAUCCCCUCUAGAUUCUCCUGAUUCAUUUCUGAACUUUGUCAGCUCCCUGACUCUUAAUUAA